AUGCCAAUCGCCUAUCGCACCAUCCUCACAAUCAACAACCACCUAGGCUCAGACCUCUACGACGCAGAUCCCAGAAUAGCAAUCGGCUCUGUAGAUGGUGUUCUACCAGACUAUAUAAGAACCGGCACUCAACAGACAGUUUUCAUCAGUGCGCCCGGCUCCUUCGCUGGUUCAAAGGGGUCGAUUAUAUACAUAACGCACAAUAGCAAGAAAGACAGGGAAGAAAAACUGGCCUUCGAUUUUAAAUGUGUUGAAGGUGAAGCCGAUUAUGUUAGAUUUAGUAGCACCAUGCCGAAUCAGUUGAGAGCUUUGGUUGAUCCAUAUGAGGCUACUGAUCAUCCUUUGUAUGGAUUCGAGGACCUCUGGAUGUUGCGCAAAUCUCUCCGAUCUAGUGCUUGGGUGGAUGGAAGGUGCCCGGUGUAA